AUGUCAGCACCAACUGAUAUACCCGCGCUCGGAAAGGUCCUCGUCGUCGGUGGCUGCGGCUUCCUGGGCUCGCACAUUGUCAGCCUCAUCGUCAAGCGCCAGCCCAGAGCACAGAUUGCCGUCCUGGACCUUCGGACAAACUCGAACCGCAACGCCAGCCCCAAUGUCUCCUACCACGAUGGCGACAUCACCGACUUGGAUGCGAUGAAGGCCAUCUUCUCGCAGAUCAAGCCCAAAGUCGUCAUCCACACGGCUUCGCCCCACUUUGAUCUCAAGCCCGACAUCCACGACAAGGUCAAUGUAGGCGGGACCAAGAACCUCCUUGCUGCGGCCCAGGAAGCAGGCGUACAGGCCUUUGUAUACACGAGCUCUGCAAGCGUCAUCCUCGAUCCUGCCCACGAACUCAUCAAUGCCGACGAGCGUUGGCCAUUGGUCACGGGCGACGCGCAGCCAGAAUACUACACCAGCACCAAGGCCUACGCCGAAACCGCUGUCCUUCAAGCGAACCGCACGCCCUCGACCUUUUUGACCUGCGCCAUCCGCCCCGCCGGCAUCUUCGGCGAAGGCGACGUCCAACUACUCCCGAAAAUGAUCUCCGCCGUGCGCAAAGGCCAAACAAAAUUCCAAGUCGGCGACAACACCAACCUCUUCGACUUCACCUACGUCGAAAACGUAGCCCACGCCCACCUCCUCGCCGCCUACGCCCUCCUCACCACCGCAAAAUCAAACACCGUUCCCCUCGACACCGAGCGCGUCGACGGUGAGCCCUUCUUCAUCACAAAUGGCGAGCCCACGUACUUUUGGGACUUUGCGCGCGCCGUCUGGCACGAGGCCGGCGACCGUCGUCCCUUGUCUGCCGUCUGGCAUUUGAGUGCGGAUACGGCGUGGACGAUUGGUGCAGUCCUCGAGUGGGCGUUUUGGCUCCUGGGCAAGAAGCCGAAUUUGACGCGCGCCCAGGUCAAGUACAGUAGUAUGAGUAAAUAUCAUAGCAUUCGCAAGGCGAGGCAGCGGUUGGGCUAUGAGCCGGUUGUGCCGCUAGAUGAGGGGAUUAGGAGGGGCGUGAGGUAUAUUCUCGAGCAGGAGAGGAGGGAGGGCGAGAAGAAGGGGCAGUGA